AUGGCCUCUGGGGCCACCCUUCCUGGAACUCAGAGAGGAAGGUCCGGGCCCCCACGAAGCCAUGGACAGAACCCUCCACCCCGCAAGCCAGGCGCCGUGUGCUGUGCCUUCCUCACCUACUGUGCCAGGGAUUCCGCCAUCAAAGCUCAGACUGCCCUGCACGAGCAGAAGACCUUGCCCGGAAUGGCGCGGCCAAUCCAGGUGAAGCCUGCGGACAGCGAAAGCCGUGGAGGUAGUUGUCAUCUCUCCGUGGCUGCCUGGCUGGGGGACAGUGUGUUCAGUGGCUGUGCUUUCGUGAAGUUCUCCUCCCACACGGAAGCGCAGGCGGCCAUCCACGCCUUGCAUGGGAGCCAGACCAUGCCGGGAGCCUCCUCCAGCCUGGUGGUCAAGUUCGCCGACACGGACAAGGAGCGGACGCUCAGACGCAUGCAGCAGAUGGUGGGCCAGCUGGGCAUCCUGACGCCGUCCCUCACACUGCCCUUCAGCCCCUACAGUGCCUACGCCCAGGCUCUCAUGCAACAGCAGACAACAGUCCUGUCCACCUCGGGCAGCUACCUGAGUCCCGGCGUGGCCUUCUCACCCUGUCACAUCCAGCAGAUAGGCGCCGUCAGCCUCAAUGGGCUGCCUGCCACACCCAUCGCUCCUGCCUCUGGGCUGCACUCACCCCCGCUGCUGGGCACCACCGCCGUGCCUGGCCUCGUGGCUCCCAUCACCAAUGGCUUUGCAGGUGUCGUGCCCUUUCCAGGUGGGCACCCCGCCCUGGAAACCGUCUAUGCCAAUGGCCUUGUGCCGUACCCAGCUCAGAGCCCGACUGUGGCCGAGACACUGCAUCCUGCCUUCUCCGGAGUCCAGCAGUACACAGCCUUGGCCCCGCCCUCUGCUGUGGCCCAACCCCUGUACCCCUCCCCUCAUGCCAUGGGGUCCGCCCCCACCCCGCCGCGUCUCGGUCCCGAGGGCUGUAACCUGUUUAUCUACCACCUCCCCCAGGAGUUUGGAGACACGGAGCUGACGCAGAUGUUCCUACCCUUCGGCAAUAUCAUUUCCUCCAAGGUGUUUAUGGAUCGAGCUACCAACCAGAGCAAGUGUUUCGGUAAGUGGCCUCCGAAGACGCCGCCCCUCCCCAUCCACCUCCCUCGCCUGCCCCGGGACAGGGAAUGGGAGGGCUUGGGUCAGCCUCUGGACAGGGCCGUGCUGUAA